ACUUUAAUUCUGGGUUAACGAGAUUAUAUAAAAGGUGUAACAAGUGGCGUCCAGCUACAAAAUAAGUAAGAACAUUAAACCAGUUUUGGAAGGAAUUUUGAAGUUGUUGUGGGGGACUGGUCGUGAAAUGGUUAAUGGGAAUGUUUGGAAUGAGCUCGUUACCUUGUAACCAAGGAGAGUGCCACAGAAGCCACUACAAAACAAACUGGCUGCCUGGGUAGCUAGAGAAACUUAAAUAAGUGUAGACAGAUUUCAGGUUGAUUCUGACUGUAUUUCGAACAUUUAAUUAAUGACCAUAUUUUGAAAUGACUUUAUAGUCGAUCGUUUUACACUGUAAAUCACUAACGUUAGCUGAACUAGCUAGCUACGCGUUCAAACCGCAUGAAAUAAGUGGAUCCAGGUUGAGGCAAUGAUAUAUUUGCGAUACUACUUUAACGAUAGUUUUGCCUCAUGUCGUGACUUCUCUGCUUGAAGUGUAUAUUUCAUAUUGCUCACAAUGUCCACUGGGAUUCAUCAUGCCACAAAUCAAAGCAUCAAGCCCUUCAAGUCUAGCGAAGAGUACCUGUAUGCGAUGAAGGAGGAUUUGGCAGAAUGGUUGAGAGAUUUGUACGAGCUCGAUAUUGACGUGAACAACAUACUGGAGGCGCUCGAGACGGGCGCGGUCCUCUGUUCCCACGCCAAUAAUGUCACACGAGUGGCGGGAGAGUAUAUUCAAAAGUACGGGAUGGUGCGACAGGUCCAGCUGCCAACGAACGGUGUCACGUUCGUAAAUUCGGCCCAACCUGCAACUUUCCUGGCCCGGGACAACAUCUCAAAUUUCAUCAGUUGGUGUCGAAAGCAUAUGGAUAUUAAAGAUGUGCUCAUGUUUGAGACAGACGACCUAGUGCUGCGGAAGAAUGAGAAGAACUUUGUGCUGUGUCUGCUGGAAGUAGCCCGGCGGGCCUCUCGUUUCGGCAUGGCCGCCCCUGUGUUGAUCCAGUUGGAGCAAGAGAUCGAGGAGGAGAUCAGAGAGGAGCUGGAGUUGCCCCUGGAAGAGACCCCGCCACUAGCCAAACCCCAGCGGCGCACCUCCAACACUCAAAACCUGGAUGAGAUGGUCCAGUGCCUCAUUAGCCGCUGCACCUGCCCCACACAGUUUCCCAUGUUCAAAGUGUCUGAGGGCAAAUACAGGGUGGGGGACUCCAGCACACUCAUAUUUGUUCGGGUAUGGUUUGUGUGUGUGCGCCCGCAUGCGUGUCCAUGUUUUUAUCAGAUCCUGCGUAAUCAUGUGAUGGUGCGAGUGGGUGGAGGUUGGGACACCCUGGAGCACUAUCUGGACAAGCAUGACCCCUGUCGCUGCACCUCUAUCACCCAUAAGCUGGCCCAGCGCCCGGGCACGCCAGUCCACGAGAUCAAAGGCAGGUUGCCGGGGCGCCCAGACGGCCAGGGUCCAACCAUGCCUACCAUGCUGAUCAUGAGUCGCCACACCCAGACCCCCUUCCAGCCCGUCCUCUGGACCCCCUCCGAAGCCCCCUCCACCUACUCCCCCAGGGGCCUGAGGCCAGCCAGGACAAGGGGUUCCCUAUCACCAGACACAGGGCUCAGAGCCUCUUGCUCCCCUAACAGAUCGUCCCUCUCUCCUGACCCAGGCCCCCGGUUCUCCAGGGAGAUGAAGACUACCUUUUGCAACAGACUGCGACAGAGUGCUUCCACACCCACUCUCCAGCACCACCCGUCUGGGCGUAAUGAUGACUCAGCACUCAACUCGUCCAUGAGGACAGGCAGAGAGGCCACACGCUCGUCCCAUGCCCCCCGCUUCACCAGCAGCCUGCCUCGGUACAUCCAACACUCCUCCACACCUCAGCCCAAGACUAAGCCCCAGGCUCAGAGGCCUAGAACCCCCCUGGUCUUCCACAGGUCCCCUGGGCAGCAAUCCUCCCUGCCCCAGCCCAGCCCAGAAAACGGGCUUACUCAAACCUGGACUAAGUCUCAGUUUGCAUCUAAGCUCAGGCAGAGCUCCAUGUUGGGUGGCAACAGCACAGAACCCUCAACCAGUACUGCCCCCCAGAGGAAUGGAGGACCCAACGCGGUAAGAGCUGCUACACCCGCCAGAUAUACCCCUGUCUGCCCCAGACAACCCACCAUCACUAUCCAGCAACCUGAAAACAUUGAUACUCUUCAAAAGAGCCCUGAUUUAAUUCGCAGCUUCUGUCCAGCCAAAACAUUCUGUGAAGAAUCAUCUGGGGAAUGCCAAGUCAGGCCCUUCACACCCAUUGGAGGAAAUCUGAGGGAUCCAAAUAAGACACCCACCCCUUAUGACAUCACAACCAACCCUUCACACAGCGACUCCAACCGUGAGAGAAUGCAGGGCUUGACAAGACAGACUGCAUUUGGCUUUCUUGUCAAUGACAAUGCUUCUCACAAAAGCACUGUGGUGAGCCUUGAAGAGCCUGAGCAUCCAGAACUAUGUGGCAACGUCUUUGUGGCAGGAGACAGAGCGAUAGACAAUGCUUACUUGUUUACCCCUCCCCCCAUCAGCCCAGCCCAGGAGGCCAGUCUGUACCAGAGUCUGGAGCACGAGAUCCUGUCCAACCUCCAGCAGCUCAGCGUUAACUCAGAUGACAGAAAACGCAAGCAAAACAGUCAAUACCAACCAUCUCAGAAUAUCGCUGAGAACGAUUAUGGUGGAUUCAGUACAGUUCUAGCUGGGUUCGAACCAUCUCCACAUACCUCAGCCUCUUAUGCCACACAUCCAGUUGAGGCCAGCUUUGAUGCAGUCAUCACUGAGCUCUCCAAAGGGAAUAGGCUGCUGGAAAAGGUGUGUGUGGAGAGCUGGGUGAAAACACUCUCUGGUAGCCCUAGAGCUAGGGAGACUUGCAGCAACACAGAGGUGGUGAACUCCAGCUUAAACCUCAAAGUGGCCAAAGCCUGUGUAACCAGCUCCUGGUCCUCUAUGGGCUCUGGUGUCGAGUCCAAAGAGCUGCCCGCUGAUUCUACUUUCUCACCGGACUCUGGGAAUGGAGUUAGCAUUAGCAUAAGGCGCAGGGUGACAGACGCAAAUUCACUUGUAGUGAACCCCAGAGCCACUACUAUAACAGGUCCUGAUAGACCCAUACCUUGGUUUCAACAGGCUUUCAGGUAUAAGAGAACCUUGAAGAAACCAGAGAGUGUGCCCUCAAUCUACAAGCUGAAGCUCCGGCCAAGGCACGACUACAGACCAGACAGGAAGCCCUCGCGAAUCCCCACCCCAAUCCCCUACAAAGGGGGUCAACCUGCGGGGGACCCUGGAGGGUCCAGAAGGGGGGGACACACCUAGACGAGCAUCACACACCUCCCGCAGGCAGACAGACAGACAGACAGACAGGGUUCCACAGAAAUGUAUCAGAGCUACAGGCAGCAUGGCUACAAAGCCUCAGUGAGACUAAGGCAGUGGCAAAUGCUUCAACCGGUGACAGCAGAGGACCCAGAGCAAGAGUCCCGAGUCUAACCCCUUACAUUUCGCUUCCAUAGAAAAUUGCAGUACUCAAGGGGAAAAUACUCUAAUUGGAUGGUAAUGUACAGGUACUGUACUACAUUUAUUUUUGGUUAAAGCUGAAUUAAUGCAUCAGACCACACAAAGUAGUGGUGAAAGAUGAUCUGCAUUCAGUGGAGCGUUCACCUCAACAAAUAAAGGUUUUCUAUAAUGCUCA